UCUGGGGCAACUCAAGAAUCAUGCAUAAGUCCGUCUAGCUGAAAGUUUUGCGUCUAUUUUUUACUGUUUGUGAAUUAUAUCUCGUGUGUCAGGUGCUGUGGAUGUAUCAGAACGAUGUGAACUCUCUACCAUUUAAAUGUAGUAGGAUAAAUCUCUAUCAUAUCGUCUGUCUUAUUCUUUUAAAAAUCAUCUUUAGAUUUCCAUUUUCAAAGAGGUUAUACUGCUGCAAUUGUUUAAGAUGUGGUGGUCUCGUCACACUCUGCUUUCUUGCUUAAAUAGAGGGAGUCUUCAGAGUAGGGUCGAUGUUGUAGCGAGUAAGCUAUUGUUUUUCUCCGGUCCAAUACCUAAGGAAGGGUAUCGGAGUAUCACAAAUGAAGUACCCUCACUGCACGACACACCACGACCAGUAUUUGGAAAAAAGAUAGUGAAAGUAGCUCUUGUCGGUCGCCCAAAUGUUGGCAAAAGCACACUCAUUAAUCAAGUGGUUGGUCGAACUACUUGCCCAGUUUCUAUGAAAGCUCAUACAACACGAGCAAAAGUUAAAGCUUUUGUGAAUGAAGGAGAUACUCAAAUUGUAUUUUUUGAUACUCCUGGACUUGUUUCCCCACAAGAAAUAUCCAAAUAUAAAUUUGAGUCUGAAUUUUUGAGAAGCGCUGAAGAAGCAAUACAGGAAGCAGACGUAAUAGGAGUUGUUCAUGAUGCCUCUUUUACGAAGAUUCCUGAACUAGAUCCUCUAACUCUCCGCCUUCUGCUUCUGUACCAACGUAAAGGGAGCUUCUUAGUGCUAAACAAGGUCGAUGCUUUGAAAAGAAAGCAUAAUCUCUUAAAUUUGGUGACUGCAUUGACUCGAAAACCCAAGUCUCACAUUGUUGGCUCAGAUAAACUCACUGAGCAACAAGUUGUUGGAUAUUUAAAAAAUACAACAUCCUGGCCUCAUUUUAGCGAAGUUUUUAUGAUUUCAGCUCUUAAUGGAGAUGGAGUUGGAGACAUUAAGGAAUUUUUGCUUAAUGAAGCCCAACCAGGCCGAUGGUUAGUGAAGCAGAAUAAAGUCACAAACCCUGACAAGUUGGCUAUUGACUUUGUUAAAGCAGCGUGUUUAGACUUUCUUCAAGAUGAAAUUCCUUAUACUCUGACCUUUAAGCUCAAUUAUUUUGAGGACUAUGAAGAUAAAUGUGCAAUUGAAGUUUCUGUGAUGACAAAAAACAAGCGACAUUACAGAAUGACAAUGGAUAAGGUGCGACCCAUUGCAGCUUAUGCAGAAUCUCAUCUUGCUAGUGCACUCGAGAAGGAAUGCCGUCUCAGAAUACAAAUAACAACAAAAGAUACGGACGAAUAACUCAUUCCAUAAUAAUAAUUAUGAAUAAAACAAGUAAAACCCAGAA